UUGAGUGAAGCACUGUGUUCUGGUUGGUUUCCAUAGAAACCGCUGUGUUUCUUCGGCGACUCGCGCACGGAGCGUAAAUCAAGAUGGAUAUGAAAAUGACCCCAGACCAGCUGCUGUCUCAGGUCAACCAGUUCUGGAGCAUGCUGGACGACAUGGCGGAGACCAGUCCUCAGAGCUACCAGAAGUUCAUACAGCGACAUCUGGAGGAGGGGAAGGGGUGCAUGGUGCCUGCUGAGCCCCACCUCUGCCUGCAGACUAAAAUACUGGAUCCAGAGGAACGGUUAUUAUUUAUUAACAUUUGUGGAUGGAAAAGGGUCCCACCUCCUGAAUCUGAUGGCCAUCCCGUGCCUCUCAUAGCUGGGAAGUUAAAGGACCUGUCUGAAGGAGCAGUCAUUAGCAUUGCCUACAGCCCAGAGGUCCUGACGAAAGCUGACAAAGACCCCGUGGAACGGGACCAGCUCAUCCGCCUCGCAAUGAAGUACAUAGAGCAACAGCACAAAGUCGCCCUCUGCCAUUCUUACCAUAUUACACCAUUCAGUCUGAAGGGCACCGUACAGCAAAUGAGGAGCAGCUUAGAGGGACUUGGAAAGAAGCCAAAAAAGACAAAGGGGAAAACAGAUGAUGUCUCUGACAGAUCAUUACUGGAACAGCUAAGAAACAUAACGGUGACAGGAGAGGAAAAGGAGGAACCGAAAAACCCCAUAGAGAUAAUGACGGAGAGCAAGAGCAAACCGAGAGCAGGUCUGAUAGAAGUCAUCUCCAGCGCAGAGCUGAGCGAGGAAAACCUGCCUCCUCCGCCACAGUGUGAACUGUCUGUAAUAAAGGACGACUCUGGGAACCCACAGAAACUCGUACUGACGGCUCAGUUACAAGGGGUGCGCUCCGUAUCCAGCUGCGAACUAAAUGUGUCCAAGGAUGAUUUACUGCUUGAAGUCCCUGGAAAAUACAGAUUACAUCUAUAUCUGCCUGAGCUGGUCAACGAAGAAACCGUCACCGCCAAGUACAGCAAAGCAAAUGGCGCGCUGACUGUGACCAUGUAUGUACUAUAGCGCCACCUGUGGACAAUCUGCAGUAUAGCCACGGAUUCAUGAAGUUAUGGAAAAGUACUAAAAUGUCAACCUCUAAGGCCUGUGUGUCCUGUGCGGAAAUGACGCUCCUUGUGUGAGCGCGAUUCUCUGUUAUAGACACUGCUUGUUUUGCAGGAGCGCACAACAUUAUACUGAUUUAUAAUGCUGUGUGUCUCUGCAUGACAGCAUUAUGUUAGUAUAAGGCUACAUGCACACAACCGUAUGUGUU